AUGACAAUAAAAGUAGCCUUUCUAGGACCAGAGGGAACAUAUACCCAUCAAGCAUUAAUCCAACAAUUUGGUACAGAAAAUGUUUCUAUAUAUCCUCAACAAUCUAUAGGAGAUUGUUUCCAUAUUUUAAAUGAAAAAAAAGUUGAUUAUGCUGUAGUACCAUUUGAAAACUCUACUAAUGGACAAGUUGUUUUCACUUAUGAUUUAUUACGUGAUUGGUAUUUUCAAACUUCAACACCACCAAAAUUUAGAAUAAUUGCUGAACAAUUUGUAUCUAUUCAUCAUAAUUUAUUAACUAAUGCUUCCAAAAUUGAAGACAUAAAAACUAUUUAUUCUCAUCCUCAAGUAUGGACUCAAGUUAAUAAAUUUUUACAAAGUUUACCUCAACAAAUAACGAAAAUUGAUGUUGGAUCAACUUCAAAAGCAGCAGAAAUCGUCAGUCAAGAUACCAUCACCACCAGUGGUAGUAGUAGUGCUGCUAUUUCAUCGUAUAUGAGUUCAGAAUUGUAUAAAUUGCCAAUAUUAAAAGAAGGAAUUGAAGAUAAUCAAUCCAAUACUACGAGGUUUUUGAUACUAGGGUAUGAUUCUCCAAUAUCACCACCACCAGCAGCAGCAUCUAAUAAUGAUGACGAUAAUAGCAAAAGAAACACUACCAUAGUAUCAUCAAUAAUGUUUACUUUAAAUCAUGACGAUCCUGGUGCAUUAUGUGAUGUUUUGGUUAAAUUUAAAGAAUAUGGUAUAACAUUAACAUCAAUUAAUUCUCGACCAGCAAAUUUGAAACCUUGGCAAUAUGUAUUUUUCGUUGAAAUGAUUGGUGAUAUUCAUCAAGAAGGACUCGUAGAAAAAAUUAAAGAGUCUUGUUUAGAACUUGUGAUACUAGGUGUUUUUCAAAGAAGUUGGAGGUAUAACAACAACAGUAAUGAUCAAUAG